AUGUGGCCGUCAGCAAACCUGAUGCUGCUGGUCCUGGCCGCAUUCCCAACGUGGUCAGCCGAGUCCAGCCACCUGGACGCUCGCCAGUCCUGGACGAGCAGCUAUUGGAGCCAGGAGUUCAGCAAGUACGGCUGCAGGCCCGUCAUCUUCAUCUUUGCCCGGGCGACGAUAGAGCCUGGGAAUAUGGGGAACACGGUUGGGCCCCGGAUAUCCAACGCACUCAAGGCUGCGUUUGGAGUGACCUAUGUGGCCACCGAAGGGGUUGACUAUCUUAGUCUUCCGGACACCAACUUCUUCCCGGGAGGCGCGCCACCGUUUGGGGUUGGGCUGAUGCAGGUACUUCUGAGUGCUGCUGCUAAGUGUCCCAACUCGAAGAUCGUGGCCUCAGGCUACAGCCAGGGGGCAGCCCUCACGCACCGUGCGAUCCAGGGGCUGAGUGACCCGGUGAAAGAUAAGAUUGCCGGCGUUGUCACGUUCGGUGACACGCAAACGUGGCAAGACGGCGGCCAGAUCCGGGGCUUCGAUGCUAACAAGACCCUGAUCAUCUGUAACAUCGGUGACCUGGUGUGCAUCGGAACGUUGUAUGUCAUGCCUGUCCACCUGGACUACGUGAAGUGGGUGCCCACAGCCGUCGCAUGGCUCAUUCAGAAGCUGCUCUACGCUGAUGAGAUUAACCCCUGGUGGGACGGCACGUUCUCACUGCCGCCGCCGCCAGGCUCGCCGAGAACGGAUCUUCAGCUUGCGAAUACCGAUGAUUGUGUCGUUCCACCAACGAGACAAUGA